AUGAGUGGUGUCCUGGGCUCUGCAGUCCUUACUGGUUUCCUCCGCCACAUCCGCGCUGCGCGAAGCAAUGCACCGGAAAAACAUCUCCGCUUUAUUGUCACUACUUGCACUGCCGAAUCAAAAACGCACCUGCACAAGCAGUUCUUGCAAGAUGCAGACCGCAUUUCCUUCGUCAGUGGCGGGGGCAAGGCGAACGUGGUCGCGAUGCAAAGCGCCGAUGUCGUGUUCUUGGCCUUCCCUUCUUCUCUUGCCUCUACCAUCUUAUCUAACGAACAUGACCUUGCCAGUGACCUUGCCAAUAAACUUGUUGUCAGCCUGCUAAGAGAUGUGAGUACGACGGAGAUUGAUAUUCUGAUUGAUCCGCAAUGGCCUGAUAGCAAAACAUCUGGAGGUUGCCCGCCGCCGAUUAUUGUGAGUGCUGCGCCGUACCCUGGUGAGGGCUUGAGGAUUGUUCGGAGAAGCAGCCUACAAUUUAUCCCAAAAGACGCGAGUAAUACCUUGCAUUGGCUUUUCGCGAUGGUUGGGACACUUGAUGACAAGAAGAAGACUUAG